AUGUCUGACGGCGGUCUGAGGAUCACCGAGGCUUGCCCUGUCUAUGCGCCUUUCUUCGGUGCCAUGGGCUGCACGGCUGCCAUUGUCUUCACUUGCCUGGGAGCUUCCUAUGGAACCGCCAAGUCCGGUGUCGGUAUCGCGGCGAUGGGUGUUCUCCGACCUGACCUGAUCGUGAAGAAUAUCGUCCCCGUUAUUAUGGCUGGUAUUAUUGGUAUCUACGGUCUGGUCGUUUCGGUUCUCAUCUCCGACGGUCUCCAACAAGCGCUUCCUCUCUACACCGGUUUCGUCCAGCUUGGUGCCGGUCUUGCCGUCGGUCUCUCGGGUCUUGCUGCUGGUUUCGCGAUCGGUAUUGUCGGUGAUGCGGGUGUCCGUGGAACUGCUCAGCAACCCCGUCUCUUCGUCGGCAUGAUUUUGAUUCUCAUUUUCGCCGAAGUUUUGGGUCUCUACGGUCUCAUUGUUGCCUUGCUGAUGAACUCGAAGGCGACUACUGGAACCCAGUGCUAA